UUCGAAUCGUGUUGAGUUCCUUCGCAGAAAUGCGUUCGAACCUGAUCGACAAUAUUGCAGCCUUAGUCGCAAAUGACUCCAAAGUAUCCUCAAGGCCAAAUUGGAUAGCAGCUAAAUUCCUUAGAGAACUAGCUAAUGAGUUACAAGGCAUAGAAGAGAAAAAAUGGUUCAAAUUGAGUAUUUUAAAAGAUUUCCUUAGAAUGUUUGGGAAAUUGAGGCUGAAAGCGUAAGUACUGAUGUCAAACAACUUCAACAUGGGUUUUUUAUGAUUCCACAAAAUUUUUGAUAGGAAUGAAGUAUUCUUUGCUGAAGAAAUAAAGAUCUUACUUUCAAAAGAUCGUAAAUUUCUAAAGGAGAAAGGCUACGUUUUGCUUUGUUGCAGUGAAAGUUUUCCGUCAUUACUCAGGUACUCUGGGGUCAUAUGCUGAUACUUAAGUUCUUUGGAAAGAUUACUUGAAACAAUAUUAAUCGUUAAUGAAAGGAACAAUAACAUCCACUAACGUAUCUGUUUCACUUCUGUCAUUCCCUUCAUCUGAAACCGAAGCUAUCUAUUCAGCUCUUGAAGGUAUUCAAAAUAACAACCGAGUUCCAACUACUUGCAAAGAAGAAGAAAGGGAAUGGCCCUUUUCAGAUUUGAAACUUCAAGGUAUAGCAACAAGUUUUGAAUACUGGCUAUGCAAUGAAACCUAAUAAACCCUUAAUUGACGAG